AUGGCCACAGAGCUGAACAGGUUACAUGGGUGUCUCACAGGCGCUUGUUGCAGGGAUCUCGCUGAUGUUCUCAAAGCCAGAGAGAGCCUGACAGAGCUGGACCUGGGUUAUAAUGAUCUGGGCAAUGCCGGAGUGCGGCUGCUGUGUGAGGGACUGAAACACCCGACCUGCAAACUGCAGAAACUGGACUUGUGGGAUUGUGAGCUCACAGGCGCUUGCUGCGGGGAUCUCGCCAAUGUUCUCAGCUCCAACCAGAGCCUGACAGAGCUGAAGUUGUGUUCAAAUUCUCUGGGCAAUGCUGGAGUGCGGCUGCUGUGCAAGCGACUGACACACCCAAACUGUAAACUGCAGCAACUGGGGUUGCGGGAUUGUGAGCUCACAGGCGCUUGCUGCGGGGAUCUCGCUGCUGUUCUCAGCACCAGCCAGAGCCUCACAGAGCUGAAGCUGAGUGGUAAUUCUCUGGGCAAUGCUGGAGUGCAGCUGCUGUGCAAGGGACUGAAACACCCAAACUGCAAAAUGCAGAGACUGGACUUGCGGGAUUGUGAGCUCACAAGUGCUUGCUGCGGGGAUCUCGCCAAUGUUCUCAGAACCAGCCAGACCCUGACAGAGCUGAAGCUGAGUGGUAAUAAUCUGGGUGAUGCCGGAGUGCAGAUACUGUGCGAGGGACUGAAACACCUGAACUGCAAACUGUGGAGACUGGACUUGAGUUCUUGUUUUCUCACAGAUGCUUGCUGUGGGGAUCUCGCCAUUGUUCUCAGAACCAACCAGAACCUGACAGAACUGGAUCUAGGUUAUAAUAAUCUGGGAGAUGCCGGUGUGAAGCUGCUUUGUGAGGGACUGAAACAAAACUGCAAUUUACAGAGUCUGAACUUGCGGAAGUCCGCUACGUGGGGGUGCGGUGUCACAGCUGCUGGUUGUGGGGAUCUCGCCGCUUUUCUCAAAACCAGACAGAACCUGACAAAGUUGUACCUGGAUAAUAAUGUUUCUCUGGGAGAUUCUGGAGUGCGGCUGCUGUGUGAGGGGCUGACACACCCAAACUGUAAAUUAGAGACUCUGGUGUUGCACUAUUGUGGUCUCACAACUGCAUGUUGUGAGGAUCUCUCCUCUGUUCUCAGCACCAGCCGGACCCUGACAUUCCUAGGUCUAGGGGCAAACAGUCUGGAGGAUUCAGGAGUACAGUGGCUGUGUGAGGGGCUGAAACAUCCAAACUGCAAACUACACACACUAGGGUAA